GGGCAAAACAUUGGUGUUUUCGAGAGAAGGGAAAUGAAUCAUUUUGGCUGCACCUUAAUUGGAAUUUCACGGAUUUUAUUCAACGGAUGGAAGCAGGGACGGGCAAAGCUGGACAUUGUGUAAGUGUAGUAACACCACUGACCAGUCAUCAGCUGAGCGACUGUGGCUGAUGUAAAGACCCUAGCUAAGAUCAGAAGGUCAAAGGUCACCAGAGGUUAUGAUGGAACAGGAAUUGAUCGCUGUACCGGAUGACCCUGAGGCAGCUUGGCAAUCUGCUGCCAGUGUUAAAAAAGAGGACGAAGAUGACGAGAUCAUCGUGGACAGUCCAGAGCCUUCCCUCAGCGCACUGAUGGACGACGGCAGCUGUCCAUCAAGCUCAUCGGCUAUGGCUGCCAGUGCAGCCUCUCCUCAUGAUGUCUUUGAAGCUGAGUUAAAUGCUCAAGCAGAAGCCAUCGUUGAGCACACCAUGGGCCUCACCCCUGCUGGAGAUGAUGACAUGUGGCACUCAGCAGAAGAAGACGUGGAUGUGGUGUCUGUUGAAAGCGUCCUUGGAGCUUCCCCAGAGUCAAUGCCAAUUGAUUCUACUCCCUCGGGAAGUCUUACGGAAAGUUUUCGCCACUACAUGGAACAGCUAUCUGGUCUAUCAGCCGAUGAAAACACUAAAUCAGGGUCAAGGCCAUGGGGAGGUCAAAGGUCAGAUUUGUUUAGGUCAAACAGUUCAGAUGCUGCUCAUGAGGAUGAUGACAGUGAGGUUGAGUGGGCACCCCCAAUGUCUGCAGAACACCCAUGGUUAAGGGGAGAGAACCCAGAUGUACUUCAGUUUGACAGUGAGAGUGAUAUUGAAGUUCAGUUGGCCAGUGCUGUCCCAAUGGUACACAUGACUUCCCAUAAUCCUCAGAGUGACAGCAACUCACGCAGUGAUCGUAAUCAGCCCCGCAAGAAGCACGACCCUUUUCGACCGUCGAGUAACAGAGGUCAAGAAGGUCACCAAGGUCACCCGGGGUCAAUGUUUCAGUUUGGUCGUUUUCACAAUAGACCAUGUGCACCAACAAACACGCAGAGCUCUAAAAACAAGGGAGAGGACUCCAGCAAGUCUGAGCAGUUUGCUUGUUUGAAGCGAACGGCAUCGCAGGUGACUUUGUCUGACGAGGAGCUGAACAACUCAGCCUCUGAUUGCCCAGAACACGGAGGAUCUGGUCACAUGACGUCGCACGGAGCCCCGAGGCUGUGUCACUUUGAAGGAUGCAUGCGGCCGACGGCGGCUUCAAGCCACAUGGCUGACUGUGAACCUUCAACUAGCAGUGGGGCUCGGGGUGUGCCGAACGCUGUUCACAUCUCAUAUAGCAGUGUCAGCAGCAGCGCGUCAUCGGACAGCGAUUCGGACGUUGAUGUGAUGGUCGCUCGUGGUAACCUCCCUUCCCCUGGCUCGUCCGACCAAGAGGACUUGAUGGAGGCAACUCCGGCUGUUGGGUCGUCGAACACGGAGAGCCGUGGGAAGGCUCUUGUGCGCCCCAAGGCCGUUAAACCUCCUUGUGUGGAAGCGCCUGCGUCUGCCCGACCGCGCGUCAUGCCUCCACGCCUCCCCCCACGUCUACCUCGCGCAGGAUUCAUGCCCCCAAACCCGUGUGCAAUCAACUAUUCCCCCGGCCCUGGUCAGGAUCGACGCGCGCAGAGCUCCACCACAGGUAGCCCACAUCUGCAUUCCCUCUCUCAGCUCCCCUCCCAUGUGUUCGCGCGCCCUCACCCUUUGCACCAGGUUCUCUUCCACAACCGUCCCAGCGAGCCAGACCACCAUUACACCUUCGCCACGCACAGCGGUGGCAGUGUUAACGGUGGAUUCAACAAGAAAAAAUGCUCAAGUACUAGUCAUCCAAGAGACUCCAUGUACAACAGCAACGGUAACAGUAGUGGUGGCGGCGUGAAUCGCCAUGACAACGGUGGCCAUUCUAGUCACGACGGCAGGUGCGGGCGCGGUAACCAUGGUAACCGUGGUCACGACAACCGUGGAAGCCCUCCUGGCCACAGAUCUAGUAUGGGGAGCAGGCCUGGUGCCUGCGGGAGCUCGGGCUCCCAGCAUCCUCAGGUGCCGUUUGACUCCUCCGAUUUGUCUGGGUUCCGCCGAAUCCCCAGAGAGGCAGCACGCUGUAGCCACUCACCUGUGACACCUGACGUUCACCUGUCAUCUGCGUCUGAUGACAGCGAUGUGGAGGUGGUUAGGGUGGAACCAAGCAGGCCUGCGAGGAAAAACGAAGCCACAACAAGAGCCACUGUUGUGGUGGAUUUAACUGAAUCAGAUGACGACAAUGCUUCCAGUUCUCGGAACAGCCAAGAAGACCACAUCCACACGCUGUUCCCACAACCGACCAGCACCCACACACUCUCUUCCUCAGACCGGGGGGCGUGUUCUGUGAAGACUCCACCCUGUGCGGUACCACCGCCCCUCAGCCCUCUCCGCAUCCCUGCCUCCCCGGCGUUCUUACAUCCCCAGUUUCUGGAGCCUCCCCCGGCCCAUAUGAACCAUUUCCAUCCCACACAGCCUCACUCUCAGGCCUGCAGGAUGCCGGAUCGCAACUCUCACUGCUCCAGCCACACUCCUUCCUGUAGUCAUGGCAAUGCUGGACUGCUUCACCACGGUCAGUCUGCUGGAGGAUGUGGGGAGAGGAUUCCGCCACAGGGUUGUGCGUUCCAUACCCCACACGACCCGACCCCGUGUGGCUUCCACAUCAUCGCUCCCCAUGCCCACACCCAUCCACACACUCACGCCCACCCCUCCAUGUGCUCUGCAGGUGCUUGUAACCACAACCGGCUUCACUACGGCAAUCCUCACGGCCACCCGCCCCAGGCACACAUCCACCACCACCACUACCACCCGGCGACUCUCCCUAUGCCACCCGCACCAGCCGCGCCGCCCACGUUACAGCAUCAGCGCCUCUUCCCGCACCACCCCAACGUUCAGGAACUGCGUCACCAUCGCCUGGAACCUCCUGUGGGUGUGUUCCGCCACCCGGAGCCCUUCCCGUCCACGACGGCUGCCAUGCACCCUCCACAGCCUCACGUGAUUGAUGGUGCAGGCAUGAGGGCGCACAUGUCCACGGACCUGACCGGAUCCACAGGAGCACCAGCGGUGCAGGCAGAGGUUGUCAUCAGGACUACACCAACUCAAGCUCAGGUUGCAGGACCCACACCUCCUCAGCACCAGCAUCUUCAUCAUCACCUCCAUCACUACCACCACGGACCUCCCAGGCUGCAUCAUUACCCUAUCCCAGGGGCGGGAAUGCAUAUUAAUGUAGCUGCAGGAAUGCCUCCAAUGCCGGAGAUGCCUCCGUUUCCUCCGUUCCCGGCCUUUGCAAACUUACCCAGGAACAUGCAGAUGAGGCUGGGCAGAAUGAUGGUCCACAGACCAACUUAUGAGGAGCUGUUGUCACUGGAAGAGAGAUUAGGGAAUGUUAAUCGUGGGGCUAGCCAAAACACUAUAGAGAACAAUACCUUCCCGCAUAAAUACAAAAAGGUAAAACGUGUGUGUGAUGUAGAAGAUGAUGGGAACCAGCUGGAAAAGUGCACCAUUUGUCUCUGUGAGUUUGAAGAAGAGGAAGAUGUCAGACGCCUGCCCUGUAUGCACCUCUUCCACAUUGAGUGUGUCGACCAAUGGCUGGCCACGAAUAAGAAGUGUCCGAUUUGUCGGGUUGACAUAGAAGCAGGGUCAAAAGGUCAACUGGGAGCGGAAUAACCCAUAUUCUAUAAUUUUCCUGAAUUAAUAACUGAUAUAAUCAUAGUCGUGUUAUAUUUAUUGUAGCAGAAGCUUGUCUAUCUGUUUCUAUAUACAUUGUUCAUGUAUUAACGACCAAUGAGGGGGGGGAAUGUAGCUUUCUAAAAAGGGAGUUAAGAAAGGACUUUUUUUGACUGUGUAACUUAGUCUUGUGUGACCUGCAUGCCUAGAGUCUGGAACAGCUUCGAGGUAUCACCAGGUGUGGGCUAUUUUUGUUUUCUUUUUUUUGCCAUCUAUAUUAGAUUUUCAACACGUUUUUCUGGUGGCAGGAAACUCAUAAACAUAUACUAGUAGAUUUCUGCUGAUUUCUAGCUCACAGCUUUAGAAAGGGAGGAAACAGGGAAUUUACUGAGAAUAUUAAGUGACUUUUCACAGGAAGUUCUAGGAAUUCCUGUGUGAAAUGUUAGAGCAAGGAGGGUCAUUGCCAUUUUAUUGGGGCA